GUCAGGACGUAUCUCAUUGAAUGAUGACGCCGUUUGAUCAUUAAAAAAAUCAGCCGUUAAAAAAUAUCAGAGAAUUGGGUCAGCAUGCAGCACGGCACCCACAGUCCGGUGUGAAUGUAGUCCCGGUGGGUUUGGGGUCGUAACUUUUACACCAAGACGCCGUUAAGAUAACCUGCUCCAACGAGGGGAGAGAUGUCCGGUGUUUCCAGCAUCUGCAAACGAGAGCCGUAGCCGUUAGACCGGUCCGUCCGUCCGUCUGUCUGUCUGCCUCCCUCCGCUUUGGGGCUUUGGGAGACCCGCAAGCCCGAAUAACGUUACCGCCGCUGCAGUCCAGUCCAGCCCGGCCAGGCUGAACGGUUAGCCGGUGUGACGGGGGACACAUACCGCCAGACAACCUGAAGGCUCAAGGCUGCUCUGCCGAGACCCAGGAAAUCAGUCCUCGCCUCGUCUCGACAGCCUGGUAGCAACACAGUGCACAUUUCAGUAGUUCCAAAAUGCAUCAUUAAAAGACCGAAGGACAUGUGAGCAUCGUCACCUACGAUAUGUGAGCCUCGACAGUUCUGCCACACAUCUUCUUUACCAGAGCAGAAGUAAACCGAGUUUGGAGUGACCAUGUCAAGCCGCCGGAAAUCUACCACACCUUGCAUGGUGCUGCCCUCUGAUGUGGUGGAGCAGGAGGAGGUGGAGGAGAAAGCAGAAAAGACAAAGGAGGAAGAGGCAGGGGAGGAUGAGGAGGGGAAGGUGAAGGAGGGAGCGGAGGAGGAGCCGACUGCAGAUGAGCUGGGUCAGGCUGUAGUGGUUGUGCCGGCUCCACCAGAGUCAGAUGAACCCAGUGUCUCUACUGGAGACGACAGUGAAGCCAUCAGUCCCUCACUGAAGCGCAGCGCUACAAAUCCUCCAGAGGAUCCGAGCAGCGACCAGCCAAUCGAGGAGCAACAGAGUGAUGCACCUGAGGAGGCAGGAGCUGACCCUGCAGCAGUUUCUGCUAUCUCUCUCAGCAAGACACCGAUCAUGAGGAUGAAGACCAAAUCUGAACCCAAAAGGAUCGCUGUGUCCUUGAAAUCGGCUGAUGAGGCAGCAGAGGGAUUUGGAGUAGGUAGCGAGGGAGAGUUGGGAGGAGAGCAGGAGCCCAUUGAAGCACCAUUAGGGCCAAUGACGCCUGUGGAGAUGCUGCUGCACGACUCCAUGAAGCUCAGUGGAGGAGGCUUGCUGGUUGGACCACCUGAACAGCAGAGGAAAUCAUCUAUUUUAAACCCCACUGUUCUGCCUGCUGGUCUGGCACAGGUGCUUUCUGCCUUCCAGGCCCAGCAGAAUACUGCAACAGCUCAGCCUCAGCUCCUGAUUCCCCUCAGCAGCAUCCCCUCCUACAGUGCAGCUAUGGACACCAACCCUCUGCUGGGCACCACUUACAAGAAGUUUCCUUACCCGUCCAUGGCUGAGAUCAGCAGCCUGGCAGCACAGACGCAGUUCACAGAGGAGCAGAUUAAGGUGUGGUUCUCAGCCCAGCGACUGAAGCACGGUGUCAGCUGGACUCCAGAAGAAGUGGAGGAGGCCAGGAGGAAACAGUUUAACGGCACCGUGCACACAGUGCCUCAGACCAUCACUGUAAUACCUGCUCACCAACUCUCAGCUGCUGCUAACGGUCUGCAGUCUAUUCUUCAGACCUGCCAGAUAGUGGGCCAGCCUGGUCUCGUGUUCACACAGGUUGGACCAGGGGGGAACCUUCCAGUCACCAGUCCCAUCACACUGACAGUGGCAGGGUUACCCAGUCAGUCCCAGAGCUCCAGCAGAGUUCCCUGUCAACCAACCCCAACAAACAGCGAGCUGAAACGGGGUACCACUGUCCAGCCUCCAUCUCUGUCUCCACAGGAGAACUCAGCCCUCAGCGCUGACACUUUUAAUAUGCGACCUAAGAAAUCCAAAGAGCAGCUGGCAGAGCUGAAAGCCAGCUACCUGAAAAACCACUUUGUCACUGAUGCUGAAAUUGCCCGGUUGAUGAAACUCACCAACUUGACAAAGGGAGAGAUCAAAAAAUGGUUCAGUGACACCCGGUACAACCAGCGCAACUCCAAGAACAGCCAUGUCAUUGUUUUCCAUGAUGGCGGGGGUAGAGGAGGGGGCAGCUGUAGCAGCACUGCGAGCACCACCAUUGUUAUUGACUCGAGUGACGAUGUGACCCCCACAUCUCCUCAUCCUCCACGCACUCCACCUGUGAAGGAGAAGGAGACCCGGCCUAAAACAUGGAACCCGUUCCCAGACUUUACUCUGCAGAAGUUUAAGGAGAAGACACCGGAGCAGCUGGUGGUGCUAGAGGAGAGUUUUGAGAAGAGCAGCACCCCAUCAGAUGAAGAAGUGAACCGCCUGAGGACAGAGACUAAACUGACACGGAGGGAGAUUGACGCCUGGUUCACUGAGAGACGAAAAAUGCCAUCUGUCAGUACCUCCUCUCCAGAUUCUUCUGAGGGAGGAAAAAUGGAAACAGAUGGAGCAAAAGCAUUAGAAGGAGGAGGAGCAGGAGGAGCAACCUCUUCUUCUCCAUCUGCUACAUCAUCUCGGAAGGGCAGUCAGACUCCUCCUGGGAGUCGCAGUAAGCAGCUGCCCGGCAGCAGCAAGAAAGACCUAAAAGACAAAAGUAAAAAGUCUCCGGAGCAGCUCCACAUUCUGAAAAGUGCCUUUGUGCGGACCCAGUGGCCCACACCAGAGGAGUACGAUCAGCUGGCAGAGGAGAGCGGUCUUCCUCGGCCCUACAUCGUCAGCUGGUUCGGAGACUCUCGCUACUCCUGGAAGAACGGAAACCUGAAAUGGUUCUUUCAGUACCAAAGUGGAAGCAUCGAAGGACCAAAUGGAGGAGGUGGUGGUAAAAUGAGUGUCGGCCGUAAAAGACGUGGCAGAAAUCGCGGUUGGGGACGAUCUCGAACCAGGAAGCAGCCAAGGAGGUCGGCCUCCAGCGCAGAUGUCGAUAGGUCACCUCUGUCAAAGAAAUUCAAGACUGGGAGGGAGAUCCUGAAGGAGUACUACCUGAAGUACCAGUUCCUCAAUGAGCAAGAUCUGGAUGAGCUUGUCACCAAGACCAACAUGAGCUAUGAACAGGUCAGGGAGUGGUUUGCUGAGGUCCAGCGACGUUUGGACAUGGGUUUGGAUCCCUUCCUAGAUGCGGCUGUUGGCAGGACGGAUGGAGACGAAGGAGCUGAGGAGGAUGAAGAGGAGUCACAGGGAGAGACGUCAGCGGCCACGGAGGAGCAGAGCGGGACAGGUAUGGGAGAUGAAGAUGAAGGGGAAGACGAUGAAGAGGAUGAUGGCGAUGAAACAGACGACAGUGAGGUUUGGGAGCCGUCGCGUAGCGUCAGGAAGUCUUUGUCCGUUUCUGAAGACUAGUGAUUGUGGGAAGUGAAACUUUACUGAAUGUUACAAGAGAAGUACUGGAUAGAUCAAUGCUGGAAGACAAUUAGCUCAACCAAGUGUUUUAUUGCCACUCUGCAUGUGUAGUCAUUUGCAACAUUAAUUCACUGUUUUUUCAAACUAUUUCUGAAAAUCAUGAGCCUAACAGAUGGACCAUUAGCUUUAGUUCACUCUGUCUGCAUUGUAAGUAGGGUUAAGUUAAGAAUCAAAGCCUACAAAUCUUCAGUGGCACAUCAGACUUUGGUAAAACUUGUGGAGCGUGGUAUUUCACCAAAAGGAACACCAUGAAGUGCAAUCUUCAAGCUGAGCUGAUGAUAAAAAUUGAAAGAGUUACCCAAAAAUACAUCCCAACACAUCCAUUAACCAUUCUUUACACGCUAUUAUAUUGACUGCUGUAAAUGACAGGUUGUAGGAGGAGAUGACAGUUUUAAUGUCCAUCAUGUUCCUCAUUAAAUUUGCACUCCUUGCUUGCUGAGUUGAAGCCAGUAUGGAGAUUAAUUCCCACAGUGAUGCCGCUUUUCCUUGAGAAAGAGUUUUUCUUAAGCUGUUAUGAGCACAGGCCUGAAUUCAAACUUCAGUCUCUAAUGUUAUGAAUGUUUCACUCCUGGUCCCGAGCCAACAGCGCACACAGAACAAAAAGACUUCUCUGUUGUAUUCAGAAAGGUGCUUUAAACGUAUCACAGCUAGAUGUCACUGCUGAGCAAUGUCCCCAAUGAAACCAGCACACAUCUUUUUGUGGGGUUGAUUUUACAUGUUUUCUCAAGCACCUGUGAAGAUCAUCGCAUGGACCAGCUGGCAAGAACUGAUGUGGACAUGAACUGUCUGAGAUGAAGGCCUAAUGUAACAGGAGAAGAAGUACCUUAAUGCUGAAUGAAUGCCAAUGCCGUGAUGCUUUUAAAAAACACAGGAUGUCUACUUAAGUCUUCCCUUUGUUCACUGUUUCAUUAAGAUAAUAGAUUUUUAAGUGAACACUUACAGAUCUGAAGGGAAAGAUUCCACAGAAUGUGUUUAAUAUGCACUGCUAUUAACGUUUUUGAAUUCAUGUUUCACUUGUUAUAGAACACACUCUGUGUUAUUCUGCCCUUUUUUAACGUGAGUUGUGUAGAUUCAGACAGUCUGAGGCUGUAGUGCCAAAGUGAAAGUGUUAUCUCCUGAGCAGUGUGCUGUAGUUUAAUAACUGGCCGCUGUGAGGUGGACGUCUGGGUCCACACUAAUAUAACUAGAAAAAAUUGCUGCAGUGUUUUACUCUUGGUGGGUCUCUGAUGGAUUGAAGCGGAGUUUCCCUCGAAUCACGUAAGCACCAGCUGCAGAUCCAGUGCGAAUUUAGAGUAAUUUAAUCAGCAAGUUAUCACCAUGACAACUGCAAUCAGCACCAAAUCACCGACAUGAGGCCUGUGAAUCAGUCUGGGUCCCGACCUGUACUUUCAGAAACACUGUUAAACAGUAUUUCAGAUAAUAAAUGACUCCAGUCUGCACUAAAGAGAAAAACCUGAAGCACCUAAAUCAAACCUUUUUUUUUUUUUUUUAGAAAAAAUGCACUUUGUCCACUUGUGUUCAUAGUGGACUGAAUCUUGAUUAGGCACCUUAAUCUCAUACUAUACCAUGAAUGGCUCUGAGAGACCAAACCUGUUUUGUAUGAUUACAAACUGAACCAGUAUUUUGCCUUUUUUUUAUUCUUGGUGUGUUUUCACACUAGGAGGAAUAUGACCAGUGUGUCCACUUUUCUAAUAAUAUAUGUGUUUCAUAGUUGGAAGUUUGUAUGGCUCAAACAAUCGAACAAUCACCCUCCACUUUCUUUCACCAAAUUGCACAAUUUGAGCCUUUCUCCCUUUGAAAACUCAUUUCUUAUAUUUGUUGUCAUGUCUUGUAUUAUUGCUUUAAAUUAAUGGGGCUGUCUCACAUCUGCCCCUUUUGCCCCUAUCUGCCCCCAUCUGAUUCUUCCCCUCCAGUCCACUUUUGUAAAAUGAGUGAAUAGACUCAUGAUGUGCACUUCCGAAGGCAUUUCUCUAAAUGUUAGCAGUGUCAUGUUAGUUCUCUGUCUCAUUAACUUGUCUGCAGCACAAGCAGACACACUGACGGGGCUAAAGGGACAUCUUCAAAAGACUGACAACCACUCAAAAUAUGAAAACAUUCUUGGAAAUGUUGCUUUCUCUCACGGAAGGAAUUGUUGUGAUGAAGAACCAGCACAUCAUUCCCUCUGUGGUGGGAAGUCUAUCAAAUACUGCUCCUUCUUCUGUUUCUUCACACUUUACUGCAUUAAGAUGACAGGACAAUAGACUGAACCCUGUCUCGACUACUGUUCUUCACUGCUAGGGGAGAGACUCUGAUGAAGCUUUGCAGGUAAACCUAUGUGCCUACAUGGCUCGUACACCUGUUUGAACAGAAUUUCACCAAUUCUCGACUUUUGAAAUCAGAAACCUUUAGCUGAUUCUUAAGGAAGGCUUGUUCAAACGGAGUUGUGAUGCAUGACCGAGCGCUGCUUUCUGCUGACGCUAAAAGAUGCCUAGAUACUCUGAAGUUGACAUUGGAAACUUCCGUUGUAAGUCCUUAAACGGAUACCUUGUGGUUCUAAAAAUGAAGUGUAUUUUGUCACCAGGCACUUGUCACACGAGAUGCUGGCACCUUUAGCUUCCCAAAAGACAUUUAAUGGACAUUUUGAAACGAAUAUUGGCUGUUAGCUGUAAGCGAAACCUUUAUCCAUUCUGUUGUAAUGUGACAAGUGCCUGGCCAUGAAAAUAAGUUCACAGUGUUAAGGUACACUUUUGUCUAAUACUGCAUGCAAUAACAAGACAGACAACAGCUCAUUUUGUACAUAAAAUAUUUUGGCUUGGUAUACUUGGCUCAAUGGAAGCCUAAUCUGUGCUAAACUGCUUGUGUAGCUUUAAUAAUACCUGUUACUUUUUAUUGCCAAGUUGACUGCAACUAUGGACCUGUUUUCUUUUAAAACCUUUUCAAAUCAUUGACUAAGUCUAGCUACUGACAGCUUGGAGGGGCCUGCUUUAAUUAUUGAGCUCCAAGCUGAGCAACAUUUUAAAGGAGUCCUUUGCUUGGAACUAAGUUAUCACCCCAAGUGCACUCAUUCUGUGCCCUUUUAUACGCAGUCGAUUCUUGGUGUUUUGCAUGUCCGUGACUGGCUUUGUUUAGUCCACAGCUUAGGCUUCAACCUGCCCCAGGUAUCCAGCCCACAGUCUUUUACAGUGUGCUCUUUCUUUGCUAUAGUCAGAGAGUCUGUUUUGAAUGGUUUUAUAUGUUUCUAUCUACAAAAAAAACAAACUGUUAUUACAGCUCUAUCCAGACAUCAGUGGAUUGCUUGUUAACAAGACAGACUCAUACAAUAUGUACAAUAGAAUAGUGUUUUUGAAAUAGAAUCAGUCUUAGAGUUCAGUCAGUGUUGCCCAAGUGGCUUUUUGGUACUUUGGUUGCAAAAAUAUAGAAUCGUAACUCAAUGGAACAGGCAUGCACGUAGCUAAAGAAAUUCUUUUUGGUUUGUUUGUGAUAUAAUGUGUCCCAGUGUUAGACUUUAAAUAGGUCUGAACUGGUGUGUAAAGACAAUUUAAAUGAAACUAAAUCAUUACUUCGAAUCACAGUUUCUAAAAGGGUGCUGCACAGAGUCUUCAAGUGAAGUUUAUUGCACUGAUCAGACUAUGAAAGCACAGUUUAUUGUCUUAGCUCUGUAGCAUAGAUUUUAUAUAAAAGAUGGAUGUAGUUGUAAAGCUUCGAGUUUGGCAUUUAGCUGUCACCAUCUUGAUUAUUCUAAAAAAAAAAAAAUACAAGCAAGAUCAGAUUGGGGAACUUCAGGACACUAUGCAUGGUGAUACAUAGCAAUCACAAGGUAGCUGUAUUCUAAAACAUACCUGCUCUUUCAUCUAUUUUACUCAAAAUAUAACCAUAAUUUACAAAAUGAACACCAUGUCUUCAGAAAGUCUUGAAACUACAGGUUCAGUCCAUAAACUUUGUAUGAAACUGUUCACUGAGGUAACAAAUGAAAGAAGAAGUCCAGUCAUUUUCUCACGGACUUCUGUAUAAUCAGGCUUCUUGUUGCCACCACAUGAGUCUCCCCCUGCUGGAACUCAAAAAAAUGCAGGUUUUUGGGACUUCCGCUCAAGACUCCAUCUUUUAUAUACAGUCUGUCCUCUGGAAAGAGCUUUCUAAGUUAAUAACAAACAGAUAACAUCCAGGUCAUGUCAUUUUCUUUCUAUUUUUGUGCUACUGUAACCAAAUUCGGCCAUCUUGACCAUGAAAUCUCAUCAACUGAAUGAAUAUCAAUAGAGGAAACAAUCAGCUGGGCUCUAUACAGCAUGCCCUAUAUUCAUUUAUUUUCCACAGGUCUGUUGAGGUGCCAUGUCUGUUCACUGAGGUGCGAUUUUAUAUUCAACACUCAUGUAUCCCAGUUAACCUUGUGCAGUAGAGCUAACAUUGUGAUCUGAGUAGUUUACCUGCUGUUGUAUUAUGCUCAUAUGUCAUAUCUGUAUCCUUCGCUAUACUCCUGCUAUAGUCCUCACUCGUUUUCUGUAUUUAGACAGGUAGUCGGUUGAAUGUUUCUUACAGCAAUCAGAGAUUCAGAUGUUUUCACUAUACAGCCGCCAGCUUUUUGGUAGAAAAAAAUGAAAUAAAAAGUACACCUUGUCAGAAUUGUAACAUAAUGUAUGUAUGAACAGAAAUGUUUUUUUUAAACUCAUUUUCAGUGGAAUUUUCACUUUGUUUUUUCUGAUCUAAUUUUUACCUGCUGACAGUUUUUACCCCAAAUUACUGCUUUUAAUGAGCAUGAUUUGCUUUGAAUUCUAAACUGAGCUUUAUUUCUGCUUCAGUAUAACAUUGUCAGAGCUGUUUUACUGAAUCAUGACAGUGAUUUUCUCAGCUCUUGUGUUAAAUUAAAGUUGGUUCCAUAGACACAGGAAAGAAAUACAAUGAUCUAACUGUAUACUCUGCCUUAAUAAAUGUGGUAAAGCCAUUUUAAAAUAUCACACCUGGCUUGAGAGCCUUUUUUAAAUAAGCUGUGAUCUCAGUCCUAUACAAAUCUACUUAACCUGGUACGCAUUACCCAGAUUAACAAGUAGAUUGACUUCUGGGAAUGAAACUGACUUACUUGAGGUUUCAUUCAUGAAUCAAACAUCUCAUCAAAACAGUCAAAUUGGUAUUAUUCUGUGUCUACGAAACUGACAAUCUACUCUACAUCUAAAGUGUGUUAAAAACUGAGAGUAUCUGUCACAACCUUUGAUUAAUUGUGGUAUGUAUGUGUGAUCACUUCUGCAGUAUUGCUUUAGAAAGCUAAAAAAAAAAUGUUUGUGGCCCCUGCAAUCCUCAGCUUGUAGCUUCCAGCUGUAAGACUGACAAUUUGUGCAAUGUUAAUUUAAAGUCCCAGCUGUUAUUGAGGCUUUGGCUUGAUUUCUAGCUUGAUUUAGAAAAGAUUUAUAUUUUAUACUUGUUUGAGGACGAGACCCAAUAAAUUUUGAUCAAAAGAA